ACCAACACAUCUCUCUCGGCUCGGGCUAAAGUGAAACUAUUUUUGGCAAGCUCUAAUUAAAGUUCCCGAAAGUUUUGGCUUGCGUGAGUGUAGUGCGCGCAGUGGCCGUGGUAUGGAUGGGAAUUACAUGGACUUUAACGUGAGGUGAAGCUUUAAACCGUCGAAUGAGCGCGAGGUGUUUUGACAAUGCCGGAAUUGAGCUCCUCUUUUGAGAGAGAAAUCUCAUCUUCACUUCACCUGCCUCAGCCCCCUCUUUGAUGCUGAAAUUUUGUUUUGACUGCCACUAAAAUUUGAGUUUAUUUUCUGGAGUCUCCAGUGUUAAGUGCAGUUUUGUAGGGUACAUGUUGGAGGAAUCAACACUAUCUCAUUGAGACUACCGACCUCGAUUAAGACGAACGAAAAUGCCGAACGUCGAGCUCAGCACUACAAAAACUGUUUUCAUCCUAUCGAUUGUUUUAGGAUGUUUCGCUAUUCUAUGGCCAAAAGUUUUUUACCCCAUGUUCCAGACUUCUGUCAACCAAUCACCAUCUCGAUCUUUCAAUUCAGAAGGUUGCUGUGAUGUUAUUUUUGAAAAAGACGUCAAUGUAAUCAAAAUUAUGAUGGACGUUUGCGAGAAAAUUUUGAGGAAAUCCAAUGAUUUUGAUUCAAAACUUUCUUUGGCUUUCCAACAAGGAAAACUAAAUAAACAAAUAAUCGAAAAAUGCCGCAGCGAGGUCUUAGAGAAAUGUAAUGUCGACAUUUCACUAUUCCUGACGGAGAAAGAUAAAAUAGGCAGAGGCCACAAACAUAUUCUAGAUGAAAUUAGAACUUUCAAUAGUUCAUUUUGUAUGAAAUAUAAUUUUGGUGUUACGCCUGGGCUACUUGGCACUCCUCGCCUGAUGAGAACUUUUAAAGAGGUUCAGUCAAAACAUCAACGGCCGGAAAGGUUACCACAUAUGCGCCCGGAGUUAAUGCAUCCAGCUUUGAGGGAACGCGGGCGUGCAAUCUUACAGUCUCAUGUGCCGCACUCGCAUGUCGUACCAAGAGUUGAAAACGAAAAUGUGUCACCACUGCCAAGACCAGGCCCUGUUCCCGGCAUGAGGCCUCCGAUGGGAGCAGCUGGUCAUGUGGUUCCACCACCAAAAACAGGGAGUACAGUUGGUAUUUUGAUGCCCAUGUACACCAUCUGUAUUGUUGUCUUCUUUGUAUACACCAUGUUGAGGAUACUGUUUCGGAAAGAAGAAGAACGGGAUUUAAAAGACUUACCGCCUGAUCCUGAAUUCCGUAGAGUAGUCUUCAAUGAGCCAAAAGCUUCUCCCACCCCUAAAGCCAACGGAAAACCUCAGGAAUCAUCAAAACUAGGAGAUAUAGAAAUUGAUCUUUUAAGGAAACGGCUAGAAGAGACUGAAGCUGCGAUGGAGAGGAUUGUUAAACAAAUGGUGUCAAUACCAACACCUUACCCAUCCGCUCAGCCAGAGGAGUCUCAGGUUCAAGGAAACGCAGAAAACAAAAGUGUGCAGAAGGAGGAUGAAGGACUGGAUACAAAACAGGUAGAGGAAGAUAUUGAUAAAGGUGCUGUUAAAGUAGUCAACAUUGAAAUGACUGAAAGUUUGACGGGGGGAAACCGAUGGAGUGAUUCUUUGACUCCGAGAAAUCGAAGUCCCUCACCAAUACCCGUGACUAAUCCUCCAGUUCCUGAACCAAUUGAAAUUUACCUCACAGGUUCUGUUCCAACAGAAUCGAAGCUCCUUGAGGCGGAAAAACUCUCUAACUUGAACCCGAGCUUGGAAACGGAAGAAAGCUUAGAAUCAGGGAAUGAUAUUUCGUCUCGUUUGAUCACCAUGACGGCAAUGGGUUACAGCUUAUUAUCAAAACUAAAAUCAUUAGAAUCUGAAGAAGAGGAACCAGCAUCUGAAGGAGAGUUGAAUGACAUAAAAGAAGCUAUGGAGGCAGAAGCCAAACUCGGAAGCAGAAUCUCAUCCGUCGAAUUUUCAUCCUCAGUUGAUACCGUCAUUGAAGCAGGGCAUCUGACAGAAGUUAAGCAGAACAUUGACACAGAAAGGACUGAGGAUGAGGAGGUGGAGAGUGAUCAAGAUGUGAAAGAUGAAACUAAGCUUCAAAAAGAAGACACUGAUGAUGAAGAAGAAGAAGAAGAAGAUGAUGAAGAAGAAGGAGACGAUGAAGAUGAAGAAGAAGAUGAAGUUGAAGAUGAUGAGAGAGAAGACGAAUCAAAUAAUUUGAAAAGGACUGAAAUGGAAAAGGAGUCAGUGAGUGCGGAAACGGCAAUGAAUGGAAAAGUAAAUCUGUCUGAAAAGAAUCAGGCAAAAGUUGAAAAUCCUGAAAGCUCUGAAUCAGAAGAAUCGGAAGAAGAGUCAGAAGGUUCUGAGGAACUGGAAGAAUCAGAGGAGUCAGAGGAAGUAGAAGCGGAGACUAACAGCAUUCGGCAACGGAAUAGGCAUGCGCAUCGCUGAUAACGGAAUAUUCUAAGUUCUUCUUUAAUAAUAUUGUAAUACCGUGCCUGUCAAUCGUUCUUCGACCACUGAAAUCUUUGCUCACGAUAAUUAUAACUCAUCAUUCUCAGUUUGUAGUGAGAGAAAAGUAAAAAAUAGAAAGUUUUUCUCGUAAUUUCAAAGGCAUUACUCAAUAUGAGCUUAUUUUAUCCUUUUUGUAUGUAAAUUUUAAAAGUAAAAAAUAGAAGAUACUUCUUUUGAUAAAAUUCGAAAUGUCACGGUCUGUCAAAUUUUCCUCAUGAAUUUUUAACAUCAACCUAAUUCAUAGGGUUUCUGAAGGUUUUCAAUUUCCAGCAAACAAUUUGAUCUACAAAUUAACUAGGUUAAAGUGGUUGUUCCCUUUUAAGAUGUAAUUUUUUUUUAAAAUUCAUAUUUCUUCCAAUAAUACGGUUUUUUUUUGCCUGUUGUUAUCUCAACAAGCUUUCCAUUUUCAAGGACACCUCAUUUACCAACAAUUCUAAGAGACCUCAUAAAUCCCAUCUUUAUCAUCUACAAUUUUUAAGGUUACUCUUUGUAUGAAAAAACGUUGACCAAUGAACUGCUCCUAUCAUUGGUGAGGAGUACUGUCUUUUGUUCAAGUGAGUAUGUUCUUAAUUGUAUCUUUUAAUUGAGAUCCUUUUAUCACCUAGAACCACAACAAGUUGUUCUCCUCACAGCCUUUAAGUAUAAAUUAACAUACCGCAUAGUGCACUAUUAAUGAUAUGUUUUGAAGAUCUUCAAAUUUGCCUUUAAUGUUCUCUUUGUAUUUAUGCACUAGUACCUACCAGGAAUUUUAAAAAAAAGAAAGAAAAAGAAGAAGUAAAAAUUGUGCCGAGUUUCAACGAAAUGAUAAAUAAAACCCCCUUUAUCGAACUAAGCAUUUUUCCCCUAUAAACAGAACUUCAAUUCACCGGCCUUGGCUUUGUUUUUUAUUUAACAAAUCUAGUCACAUUCAAUAUUACAUUUCAUGUGAUUUGUAUCAUCACACAGUAUUACCAAGUAUUUUUUCCAUUAUAAUUUUGUAUUUUUUCUUUGUUUAGCAUUGAUUUGUAAGUUUUCUGCCACCAUCAAUGUUUUAAGUAUUAUUAUGAAAUUAUUUGCCCCUGAACUCUUAAAUUUACCUGUGCAAUAAUAGAUUAGCAAUUUAAGUUUAUGUAGAAGGCUAGUUAUGAUGUUUGCUCGUGCAAACUUAUCAGGUCAGCUCCUUGUUUUACCAUUUACUUUCCGAUACACUAGUCCUUGUAAAAUAAACCGAUUUUCUCUCUUUUUAUUCUACCAAUUCUCGGAAUGGUUAACUUUUGGAGAUAAAUUAUUGUUUAAAUAAAGUUUGCAUCACUGGGCGAUGUACCAAAGUAAUUUUAAAGAAAUUAGAUUACCAACGUUCCAAUACAAAUUUUCUUGAGCAAUGAAAACAAGCACAAUCCACUUAAUUGUUGCCCGAUUCAUAUCAAAAUGAUUUUGUGUGUGAACAUUAAGGAAUCUGCAAAAGAUAAAUGAGUUUCCUAUUUUUUCCUUCUUGAAAGUUAACCCAUGCACCUAUUUUUAAUUUUACAUGGUGACAGCUUCACUGAUUCUUCUUCUUAAGUUAUAAUUUCUUUUGUAAUAGCUCAAAGUGUCCUCACACUAUCUGAUUUGUGCCAAAAAAGUGUUGGUUGAUUGCAACUAAUAUUAACAAUGUGUGUGAUGAGUAUUUUCUUUUUCUGUAUUCUUUAUGUUCUAUUUUACACUGUAAAUUUCCCUUUCUUUUUUGAUACGUAGCAUAGUAAAAUUUUUAACGUUAUGAAAUUAUA